GAUUUGUGAUUCUCAAAUCCUUCAUAGAUUGGAAUUUGAUACUUAUUUGGCAUUCUACACACAAAAUAUAUUAUCAUGUCAGCUUUUGGGGUAGUUCCUUACCUUCGGAAUGGCCUCAGAGUAUUAAACAAAAGGUCAAUUCACACUACUCCCAGACUGCUAGCUGUCAGUAUCAAACCAUCAAGGAAGCAAACAUUGGCAAAGAGAAAUGCUGCUGAACCUGUGAUGAUACGGAAGAGGGUAUCAAUUGACACUCCUGAUGCUCUCCCACCACUCUUUAUCCUAGAGACGGAUCAUAAAGCUGGAGUCCUAAAAGUUGAUCCUAAUAAAGCCAUGGAAUUCCUAAAGAACUACCAGAAUUUAUAUGGAAAUUCGAAUCCAGGCUGGGAGACUGGUAUUUGCAACAGUAAGUUGAUCCUUUCCAUACAUUACCUAACAUGCUCAUAUCCUUUAGAGCAUGGUAUCACAACAUCUGAUGUGACACAAUUGUCUAUCUCAUUGGGAAGAUGCAAGGAACAAUCACAAAAACGUCUUGCAAGAGUAUUAUUAGACUCGGCUUCAGUAAUGGGAGAUCCAACAGCCACGUUAGAGGUUGUCUCCGAUGCUUUCCGAAACAACAAGCUUUACACGGCAAGGUCUGUAGCUUUCCUUGAACGCUUGGGUAUUUUAGCCAAGAAGCAGGGCAACGUCCAAGCCAUGGGACUACUUGGCCAAAUUCUGUACAGUCGAGGAAAGGAGAAGGAAGCUCUGAAUUGGUUACAAAAGGCUGUUUCCGGAACAGAAUUACCGAAUUUUCCAGGGGCGGCAGAGGCGCUCGUCGUCCUUGGUUUGAUUCUCGAGAAGAGUGAUAGAGAAGCUGCGAAAAAGGUCUUCAGCAAAGCAGCAUUAGACCUCGAUUAUCCCUCAGCAUUCUUUUACCUUUCCAAACAUGUAGGUCCAGACGAGGAGGAUAAUAGGAUGAUUUAUCUACUUAAAGCGGCUGGUUCAGGUAUUCCUGAAGCAUGUCAUAAUCUUGGAGCCAUUGAGUUAUCUAAGAAUGGUGAGCAGGCCGACAAAAAACCUUUAGAGCGGAGUUACGGGUAUGCCAAAGAAUGGUUUCAGGUAGCAGCUGAAGCUGGCUUUGGCUUGAGUAUGUUGAACAUGGCUUCAAUAUGUAAAUCUCAGGGUCAAACCAAAAAGGCUUUGAAAUGGUUGGAGCGGGCAGAGGCGACUCCCGAAGUUCGCGACGAAGCAAUAAAGAUGAGAUCCAAUUUUUUCAUCGACUAGAAUCUACCAUUAUCAGGUCGUUCAAAGUCAAGAUACUGGACCCCGUUGCUAUUGCGCCUAAUCAAACCACACAUUCCAUGGAAGGCCUUCUUUAGAUUCAGUGUGCCAAGAAUCUUGUCAGCACCGUCUCUAAUAUAACCAUAAGACUGAAACUUUGCAAUACACCCUGCUACUCGUGCGAAACUUCUCAUAAGAGAUGGAAACCAGUGCAGGGUUUGUUCUAGUGAAGCUUGAUCAACAGCGGUUUUGCUCAAUCAAGGUUCUUCAAUAGAACAGUCUUCGCUUUCAAUGCAACUGGACACGUAUACGGCGGUACGGCGCGCUUCAAGAUGUAAUCACGAACAAUCAAAUUAAUAUAAAAUCCACAUUUUCACUUUGAUGGCGAGUAGCUUUUA